AAGCUUCAAAAGCUGAUAAACUUCACGCUGAAAUAUUUCUCUGAAAUAACCCUACCCGUAAAACGGGGAAAUUUUGUUGAAUUCAGAAAGGUGAGAUGUUGCAUGUCAGCUUUGAAAUUGGUCAAUUCUUAUUCAUUCGUUUUCAAGGGUAUGCUCAAUUUGUCUCCAAUUGGUCGAAGUUGUAGUCAAGCAGAGCGUGAUCAGUUUGUUGUUUAUGACGCGGAGCACAAAAUUCGUGAAAAAUUUGUUAAAGCACUAUUGGAAAACUUCUCAGAUUAUGGGCUCAACUGUGUGAUAGGAGGCCAAAUAAGUGUGGAUGUAUUUCCGUAUGGAUGGGAUAAGACAUACUGUCUGCAGUACGUUGAAAAGGAUUUCGAUGUCAUACACUUUUUUGGCGACAAGACAAUGCCGGGAGGAAAUGACCACGCCAUAUUUGAAGAUCCCAGAACGAUUGGACAUAGUGUAACCAGCCCAGCUGACACCAUGCUACAAAUCGAGCAGGUCUUGAAAGAGUUGCAAACGGUCGAAAACUGA